AUGAACAAAAUAAUCGUGAUCAAGAAAUCGAUGCAAAACAAGUCAUUGAUCAUACCUGCUGCUAUUGAUGCACAUCGAUUUUGCGAGUCUACUCAAUCAGAUACAGCUAUCUUCAGUCGAUUGUGCCCUGCCAUCAAGGGCAAAAGAAGAUCUGCUUCGAUCAUGUUGGAGCAAUUUCAAAGUUGGGAGUUGAUACUUCAAAAACACCUGACGAGUUGA